UAACCCUAAUCUGAGAAGGGUUUGUAUUUCUCCACCGUCCUUCCUCACAAACCUUUCUCUUCUCUUCUUUGCUUUUCCGCAGAAGAGAAGGAAAACGGAACAUAACACACUACGAUCCUUCAUCUAUCUGUAUAAAUACUUGCUGUUAUUUACUUUUUUUUCGAUACAGAACAGAAGCUAUCAAUCUCGAUUCAGUGAUAUACGCAUCGCUGAGUCUUCUCUUUUUAUCGUCUAUCUACCUAUCUCUGUAGGUUCUUUUUAUCUCUUUUGGUUGUGCGGCGGAGAUUUAAUCUCUCGAGUGAAAGAUCGAGGUAUGCAGCAAGGUGAUCAGACGGCUUUGAACUUGAGACCUGGCGGUGGUCGCGGAAGCAGACUCCUUGGUCCUCGCUUCGAGUCCUCUUCUUCAGCUUCCUCUGCUUUUGCUUUUGGUUCGCUCUCUUCGUCUGAUCUUCCUCUCCUGCGUCCCCAUGGCGGUGUCCCUCCUUCUGCUCUCCUUUUAAAGAGUGGAGAUUCACGAUUUGAGGGCCGUGAGCGUGUGCGGUACACCCGUGAUCAGCUGCUACAGCUUAGAGAGGCUGUUGAAGUCUUCGAUGAGAUUCUAAAGAUUAAACGGGAAAUUGAGACUGAACUUUUUGGCGAAGAGCAGAAUUGGGGUCGUUCAGAAACUAAUGUCCCAAGUCAACCUCAAAGUCGGUACUCUGAGCCGGACAAUCGUGACUGGCGUAAUCGUUCUGCACAAUUUUCUUUACCUGGAGAGGAGAGAUCUUGGGAAUCUCUUCGAGAAAACAGAGAGUUUGUUGGCCGAUAUGAUCCCAGACAGCAAGAUUCGAAUCAAUUUAAUCGCCAAGAUCAACUCAACUCUCAAUUUUCAAGGGCUCAAAUCUCCUCCAGCCAAGGGGUUGGACCGGCCCCUGCUUUAGUUAAAGCUGAUGUGCCAUGGUCAGCUAGACGGGGAAAUCUUGAUGAAAAGGAGCGGGUUUUGAAGACUGUGAAAGGGAUACUCAACAAGCUAACACCUGAAAAAUAUGAUCUUCUCAAGGGUCAACUGAUAGACUCUGGCAUCACAUCUGCUGAUAUCCUGAAGGGAGUUAUAUCGCUGAUAUUUGAUAAGGCUGUCUUGGAGCCUACAUUUUGUCCCAUGUACGCCCUACUGUGUUCUGAUCUUAAUGAAAAGCUUCCCUCGUUUCCAUCUGAUGAGCCUGGAGGAAAAGAAGUCACAUUUAAGCGAGUCCUUCUGAACAACUGCCAGGAAGCAUUUGAAGGUGCUGACAAAUUGAGGGAAGAAGUGAGGCAGAUGACUGCUCCUGAGCAGGAAGCGGACCGGAGAGAUAAAGAAAGAAUAAUGAAGCUCCGUACUUUGGGCAACAUUCGUUUAAUUGGAGAGCUUUUAAAGCAGAAGAUGGUGCCUGAAAAGAUUGUUCAUCACAUUGUUCAGGAGCUUCUGGGGCAUGAUAAUAAAAUUUGCCCUGCUGAGGAAAAUGUAGAGGCUAUUUGUCAAUUCUUCAACACUAUUGGUAAGCAGCUCGAUGAGAAGCCAAAAUCACGACAUAUAAAUGAUACGUAUUUUAGUCGAUUGAAGGAGUUGACAACCAAUCCUCAGUUGGCUCCAAGACUGAGAUUUAUGGUCCGUGAUGUUCUUGAUCUACGUGCCAACAACUGGGUUCCUAGGCGUGAAGAGGUAAAAGCCAAAACAAUAACUGAAAUUCAUACAGAAGCAGAAAAGAAUCUUGGGUUGCGUCCAGGUGCCACUGCAAGCAUUAGAAAUACUCGUGGUGUUGUUUCUGGCCCUCCAGGAAGUCCUGGUCCUAUGCCCUUCCCUGUCAAUCGACCAGGAACUGGUGGCAUGAUGCCUGGUAUGCCAGGAACUAGAAGGAUGCCUGGGAUGCCUGGAAUGGAUAAUGAUAAUUGGGAGGUUCCGAGGACUCGGUCAAUGCCUAGAGGUGCUGGUGCAGGCAUGCAACCUGGAGGACGUGUGCCAUCACCGUUGGUCAACAAGUCAACUUCAAUGAACUCAAAACUUCUGCCUCAGGGUAGUGGUGGCAUUAUUAGUGGGAGAACAAGUGCACUGUUGCAGGGAAGCAACCCCCCUCCUGCACGUCCUUUUAGUCUAGGUUUGGAGCCUACGGCUCUUCCUGUGCCUGCUAGACCUGUUCCCGCUGCUGCUUUGACUCCUGUGAUAACCAGUGGCUCAGCUGCCAAUGAUCCAGAUGAUCUUAGAGAAAACAUUUCCCUGCUGGAAGAAUAUUACAGUGUUCGGCUGUUGGAUGAAGCACUGCAAUGUGUGGAGGAAUUGAGGUCUCCAUCGUACCACCCUGAAGUUGUCAAGGAAGCCAUCUCAAUUGCACUAGAGAAAAGCCCACCCUGUGUUGAACCAGUAGCAAAACUCCUGGAUUAUCUUCUUCUGAAGAAGGUUCUUGCACCCAAAGACGUAGGGACCGGAGUUUUGCUCUAUGCUUCCAUGUUGGAUGACAUUGGCAUUGAUUUACCUAAAGCACCAAACAAUUUUGGCGAGAUUAUCGGGAAACUAAUUUUAGCAAUGGGUUUGGAUUUUGCUGCGGUGCAAGAGGUCUUAAAGAAGAUUGAGGACGACAGGUUCCGGAAAGUUGUUAUGGACUCAGCAGUCAGGACCGUUAGUUCUAGUCCCUCUGGGCAAUCUGUGUUGGAUUCACAGGCAGCUGAAAUUGAGGCUUGCCAGAAUUCACUCUAGCCAAGUCUUAUAUUUUUUUGCACCGAAGUACUGCAGUGGUUUUACACAUGAACUUGGAAAAUGACUAUGCAUGCACACCAACCCCCUGUUAUUUUCCUUUGAGGCGAGCAAACUUGUAUCAUUUUGGUAAGGUUGAGCUGCCAAGGACAGGUAAUUUUUAUGGAGUUGUAUAUUUUUUUUUGAGGUAAGAGCUGUGUGUUUAUUGAGGGAAAAAGACCAUAAUGCCAUGGAUUUUGCUCUCGACUCUCGAGAAAAAUAGUCCCUUUUUUUUAAGGGAUCCAGUUAUUUUGUACUUGAUUAGUUUCUGGUCAUUUGUUUUUUCUUGGUUUAUUGACUGAAGUAAUUUAGUUGAUUGUUAAAAACUUGUCAGCUCAUAAAUUUAAAGUUUUUCCUUUUCCACUGCUGAAAAGGAGACGAGUCUUUGUAUUC